AUGGCAGGUUUGCCGUAUGUUUCUCGCAGUUUGCGAGAGUCCCCUGGUCCAGUACCAUCCACUGAAGGGCCCCACUCUGCUUCGAAGUCUGAAGACCAGGUCAAUGGCUACCUUGACAAUAGCAAGCCCAAGCUAACAGGUAUAAAUUCAUCAGCUUUGGACAUGUUUGGUAGUGUGCCCCCAACAAAAGUUUUGUCCGGAAGAGUUUUUAAAAAGUUUCGUGGGCGCAGGGUGGACACGCACCGACGAUCUGAGAGUGUUCCAGAGAUCGUUCCUCGCCAAUACGAGAAAGACUCAGAAGAGUCCCAUCCACCCGGAACAAGCACCAUUGUUAGUAGCCCUGUUAUUAUGGCAUAUGAUCAAAUUCAAGGCCCGCACUCUGCUCAUGGCUCACCAUACGAAGUCAACGCUUCAAGGGUUCCUGCACCUGAGAUGAAUCCGAUAGAGUUACACAAAGCUUACGAUCCAAAACUCGGGUUAGAAUCUGGAACUUUCGACGACAGUAGUGGCAGAUCGGUAUCACAGGAUCGUUAUGCUACUUCGCUCGUACCAUGCAGUUACAUACCGGAGUCCGACAUGAAAUGGGCGCCAAUAACGCAAAGCGAAAUGCAAAACACACCUCACGAGCAGAAGAAACUACCUUCACGAGAGGAAGAAGCUGUAAUUGCAUCAACAGUAGAAGAGACCCCAAGAGAGCCAUAUAUUUUGAGCACUGGCAUGGGUGAGGUAAAUGAUGAGACUUCACGCAAAGAUGCAUAUAAGGAAUACAGCUCCAGCAAUAAGAGUUUUGCGUUGAAAGCUCAGGAAACAAGUCCCAAAAAGGAUGCUUCGGGUUUCUCAUCUAAUGAAAAAAUUAAAGCACCGUUUCAAAAAUGGAAUGAGAGCUCAAACAUGGACGAGGGGAAUGAUCACUUACCACAAUAUCAGCAACGCGAAACCCCGAGUGUGUCACAUCUGGUUGAGGCUGCACACCAGAUCCAGCAGUUUCAGAAUGUACCACCUGGAGGUGCAUCAUAUACACAUAACUCUGUACCGAGCUAUGACAUGAGGUACUCGCAAUUUGGUUACCCCCCACCGGUAUACAUUGCAGCAUCAACAGGUUACCCUGUUUAUUCUCAAGGCCAAGGCCAAAACCAAAGCCAAGGCCCACUGGAAUUAUACCCUUCAGAACAACAUGAUACAAACACAUCAUCUGCCCCUGGCGCUAACAGCUCUAUGUCGUCGCCAGCAUGGGUGCAGCUAGCUGCACCUCAACAAAGAUAUAUUCAUAGCGUUCUUCCAGUUCCAAUGACUGAUUCGAUUGCACAAAAUGACCGCAUCAGAAAGUCACAUAGGAGAUCGAGGUCAAAAUCACAACAUGCCAAAUCCAAAAGCCUAUCCAGGGUGCUGGACGUCAGCAAUACAAUCUAUGCACCAACAUCAGUACUAGGUUUGGAACAACAGUCAAUACCAGAAGACGAGCAGGAUCUCGUAGGUGGCAAUUACUGGGGCAUUAUCUCUACGUCGGAUUCCGAGGAUGCUCCUCCAAUACCAAUCCAGUUGUGCGAGCCACCGCUGAGCGACUCUGUACCUGCCAAUGUGGAAGCGCUGAAACCGGAUCCAGAGCCGCGUAACAAAAAGCGCUCAAAGUAUACCCCUGAUCAAGAUUCCGUUAUCCUGGAGUUAAAAGCUGCAGGGGCUAAUUGGGCGGAGAUUGCUGAGCGAGCUAACUGUGACAACUCCCUAGCAGCUAGAAAUCGGUACCAGGUCCUAAUUGGCCAGCAGGGAGGGGGGACCUAUACAUGGAACCAAAGUGACUGUGAGGCUCUCCAGAGCUUGUUAGAUGAAGGUGAGCGGGCCAAAUGGAUUUUCAUUGCAGAGGAGAUGUGCAAGCGACGCAAUAAAAAGUACACUAUCGAAGCCUGUCAUUACAAAAUUUCACAGCUGUUUGCAGAAAACCCGGAGGCAUUCGAAGUAGUCAGGUCGCGUGAAAAAAUAGGCGGUGGUGCGCCUAUGCGUCACAGACCUUUGAGGUCAGGUUCCAGGCGCCCCUCUUCGGCAGGGUGA